AUGUUUUUUUCAUCUGUAUUACGUCUCUUUUUCAUUCUAACCUUACUUAUAAUUCAUCGAAUCGAUUGUACAAAUGUUAGUUUCUUUUCACAGCCAAUUCUCAUAACAAUUGCUGAUCUUCCACAACCCUACGCCACAUUAUCGGCUUCUAAAUUACCUCGAAUCACUCCAAUACCAGCAGAUCCUCUCCUUUACGUUCCUGAUGGAUUUACGGUGAAGUUAUAUAUGAGUGGACUUGUAUCACCACGUUAUCUUAUCUAUACACCUACAAAUGAUAUCCUCGUUAGUGAAUCAAAUACUAAUCGAAUCUCAUGUCUCAUUGAUAAUGAUAAUGAUGGCUAUCCAGAUCAACGUUUAACAUUUGCUGAUACAUCUAAUGGACUCAAUUAUCCAUUUGGUAUGGCUUUCGCCAAUGAAUAUUUUUAUGUUGGUAAUCGAGAUGUUAUUCGACGCUAUUCUUGGACUUCUGGAAGUCGACAAAUUACAGGUACGGGUGAAAUAAUAAUGAGUUAUGCUUCAAAUGGCCAUUCGACACGAACUAUUGUCAUAUCACCUAACGGUGAUCGAAUGUUUGUUAGUAUUGGUUCAGCAUCCAAUGUUGGUGUUGAAUCAUUGCCACGAGCUUCUAUUCAACAAGUAAAUCUCGAUGGUAGUAAUCAAACAACAUUUGCUUAUGGUCUUCGAAAUGCUGUCGGAUUAGCUUUUCAUCCAAUUACCAAGGAUCUCUAUGUAACAUGUCAAGAACGAGAUGGACUUGGCGACGAUCUCGUUCCUGAUUACUUUACAUGUAUUCGACAGAAUGACUUUUAUGGAUGGCCUUUUGCCUAUAUGAGUGCAAAUUUAACUGAUCCAAGACGCCGUCUAAAUAAUGGAACAAGUGAACGAUCUGAUUUAGUAGCAGUUACACGAACACCUGAUGUUCUUUUUCAAGCUCAUUCAGCUGUACUUGAUAUGCGAUUUUAUUCAGACAAUCAAUUUCCUAGUCGAUAUCGAAAUGGAGCUUUUGCAGCAUUUCAUGGUUCAUGGAAUAGAAAUAAUGGAACUGGUUAUAAAAUUAUCUUUAUUCCAUUCAAUAAUAAUACUAAUCGACCAAUAGGUUACUAUGAAGAUUUUGUUGAUGGAUUUCUAAUCAAUCCGUCUGGACCUGAGACAUUUGGAAGACCAGUCGGAAUACUUGUUUUGAAAGAUGGUAGUCUUUUAUUUUCGGAAGAUGGCAAUAACUGUCUUUAUCAAGUCCAAUACAAGAAGAACUUUAAUAAUAUUAAUAACAUCAGUUCCGUUACUAGCAGCACUACUACAACAAGCAUUGCCACCUCUAGCACUACUAUCUCACGUACUACAGUCGCUAAUGUUAUAACUAUUCGUUUUCAAAACAUUGUCAUAAAACUCCCAUUUCCAUUCUUCUUAUCUUUAUUUUGUUUAUAUUUUUUCCUUUCCUAA